CCUGCAGGCAUCAUUACAAAUCUCGCCACUCUCAACCCACAAGCAUAAAAUCAAACAUUCAACUUUCCGCGACUAAAAGGCAUAUUGUAUUAUUGAUCUCGCAUCUACUGGUUUCAGGAAAACUAUGGGUCAAGUCAAAAUAAAUCGAGCAUGCGGGACCUGUAGAGAUCGCCGGAUCGCUUGCGACCGGGGAGUCCCUACGUGCAGCCAAUGCAUGCGAUCUAAGCGGGAAUGUCAAGGGUACAGUCUAAGGCUGUCUUGGCCAACCGUAACCGGUGACUGCCGUCGCGCAAUCGUGGCCGACAUCCGCCCGCGAUCAGAUAGGGCCGCUCUGAUGAAGCUUCGACCUGGCCGGUUGGAUCUGGUACGCGCUGGAAACCACGAUGUUGAACUACACUACCGGUUACUAGCUGCUUCGAGGUCAAAGGCCGGCGCGAGAUUGUUGCUGUACCGUCGUGAGAACUGGCCUGUCGUGCCCUCGCCUGCAAAAAGGCCAUCACAGAUGCAAGAUUGGCAUCUUCUAUCGUACUUCCACGAGGUCGCAUCCCAUACCCUCUCCACCUUCCUCUCGGGGCCCGAACAUGGCCUGGGCGGGAUCCUGACACGGAUCGGCUUCGCCGACGACUCUCCAUCAUCUCAAGCCGUCCUCCGGGCCUUACUGGCCCUCUCAUCCCUGCAGCGCCACGGCCCCAACGAGCGCGCCAUGGAGCUCAAGGUGUCUGCGAUCGGGGCCCUGGCCGCGGCGGCUAAAAUUGGACCCAACACCCCGGCUCAGGUCCUGCAGCACGUUGCGGCGGGGAUGCUGCUCUGCUCGUACGAAGUCAACACUGCCUCGUGCACCUCGGAGCAGUGGCUAGUCUACAUCUCGGGCAUCAAGCGGGUGCUCACUUCCGGGCUGGUGGAGAAGGCCGUCGCCGCCCGCGACCCCGACUGGCUGCCGCUCGUGGGCUGGAUGCUCUACCACGACUCGCUGUCCCGCUUCACUCUCCGCCACUGGCGCCGCGACGGCGAUGCAAAGGUGCCUCUGCCGCUGUUUUUCUCCUUCUCGCAGAGCCUGCCCGAGCAGGAGCAGCUGCUCCGAGAGGCGGCGCCGUGGGCCGUCAAGCCGAUCGAGUGGCAGACCGAAAUCCUCGACAUUGUCGACAAGUGGCCCGCCUACCAGCGCACCAUGAGCACAAUCGAGCGGCAGGCAUACAAGCGCCGUGUCCGGCGUAUCGACGAGGUCAUACGGCAGGAGCUGGUGGAUCCCAAGUGUCCGGCCACAGGCACGGAGAUCCCGCCAAUGUCCUCCCCUUUCAUCGGCUGCUGGCCGCUCUACCCGCUCUCGCUAAUCAUCUACCUCCACCGCGGGACUGAGGGCAUGGCGGCCACGUGCAUCGAGGACGACGUGUCGACGGCGUUCAGCCACCUGGUGAGCAAGUCUGUGUGCGAUCGGCAGUUCCCGCUCUUUAUCAUCGGCUGUGAGGCGCGGACCGAUGAGCAACGGACCGCCGUGCUGGACCUGAUGGCGCGCAGCGAGAAGCUCAAGUCGUCCAGGUCCGUCGGGCACGUGCGGCUGCUGCUCGAGGCAGCGUGGGCACAGGAUGACCUGUUAGCCGAGGGCCGGAAGCUCGAUUACAUCCUAAAGCUGAGUGGCGUCAUCAAUCUAGCCAUGAUACCACCUAGUUUUGCCUGAAAAGGGGUUGGAAUUGAAUCUGGCACGGGUACUCGGCCCUGGCCUGUAUAGCUCUGCACUUGAAUGUUCUCUGUAGAAUAAUAACUUUGCUUAGAUGCUUACAUUUGAAAGAAGCCACUUUGACGAAUUGGACCAAACCUUCACCCCGUUUUCCUUCACUUUCGCCUGACCGGAAAUCGUAAAG